AUGUCGGCGCCCAUAGUUUUUACUAAAAAGUGACAAAGGUCACAUAAAAGCACUAUUUCAACUACUGUAGGUAUCAGUACCCGGUAGUUGUGAUGUGAAGUACAGAGUUGCUGCAACUUUACAAUGUUAAGAACAAGUGCUCAUAUUGAAUAACUAACUGUUUCAGCAGUUAUGGGCAAUUACAAGUCUCGUCCAACAAUUUCGUGUUCUGAUGAAUUGAAAAAGAAGAUUAGUGAAAGCUAUGCUCUCUUUCGAUCAAAGGCUAUUGAGGACUUACGUCCCAAGGAUUCUGAUUGGUCAGAUAUACAGCUUGCAUGCAGCCAUGGAGACCUAACUCGAGUCCAGGACCUGCUAUCUGACAGUAACAUCCAUGACAAGACGGACACAGGUUUAACACUGCUUCACAUCUGCUGUAUAUCAGGAGCUGGACCUGCCUUGGUAAAACUAUUGGUAGACAAUGGAGCAAAGACAUCUCUUUUAUCAAAGAACCAGUUCUCGCCUCUUCAUUUAGCCACAUACAAGGGAGAUGUUGAAAUUGUGGAAGCUUUGGUAGAAGGUCAUGCCGACAUAAAUCAGAUAGGAAACAGUGAUGUGACUCCGCUCCACAUCACCGCUAUGUGUGGCUAUUACGAGAUUGGUAAAAUAAUAUUGGACCACGGAGCUGCUGUUGAGUUGGAAGAUGCUGUCCGGUUUAGUCCACUACACAUUGCAUGCUACUUCGGUCAUGAAAAGAUGGUUGAGCUGUUGAUAUCCCAUGGAGCUGACAUCAGCGUGAGUGGAGGGGUGGGAGACCGGCCAAUACAUCUUGCAUCUGCCAAGGGUUAUCUUAAGAUCACACAGCUGCUGGUGGAGGGAACAUCACAGCAGAAAGCUGAUGUUAACAUACAAGACGAUGAGGAACACCACCCCAUCCACUUCUGCUGCAAGUCAGGUCAUCUGUUGGUUCUACAUUAUCUGUUAGACCACAGGGCUGACCCACACGUCACCAACAUUUAUGAGGACACACCCCUUCACCUAGCUUGUUACCAUGCCAAAUUUGAAGUUGCCAAGCAGUUAAUCACAGCAUGUGGGCCAGACAGUUUGUCAAAAGAAAACAUUUUCAGUGAAACUCCACUACACAGUGCCUGCACGAAUGGGAGAAGUCUGGAAUUGGUGAAGUAUCUACUGGAACAGCCAACUGUCAAUAUUAACUACCAGGGAAAUGAUGGCCAUACUGCUCUUCAUAGUGCCUGUUUCCAUGGUCACAUACGAGUUGUUCAGUUUCUGCUGGAGAGUGGAGCUGACAUGAAUUUGGUGGCAGCAGUGAGUGAUCAAAAUGGCGGCAGUGAGAAGAAAGAGGAGCAGACGGCAUUAAUGUGGGCUUACGAGAGAGGCCAUGACUCAAUAGUGAUCUUGCUGAAGCAUCAUAAACGGCCGCAGGAUGAGUCUGCCUGUGGAGACUACUCGCAACCCGGCAGUGAGGGGUCGUACGUGUCUGUCCCUUCACCACUGGGCAAGCUCAGGAGUAUGACAAAAGAAAAAAUUGACGUGCUACAGCUGCGAGCAAAUCUCUCACAUCAGUUUCAGCUUCAGAUCACAGACAUUGAAUUACAGGACACUAUUGGAAGUGGGUCAUUCGGGAAAGUUUAUAAGGGAAAAUGUAAAGGAAAAACUGUGGCUGUUAAGAGGUAUCGCGCCACUUCAUUUGGUGCCAAGUCUGAUGUGGACAUGUUCUGUCGUGAGGUGGCUAUUCUUGCCCAGUUGAAGAAUAAUUACGUGAUAAGCUUUAUUGGUGCUUGUAUUGAUGAACCUAGUCAAUUUGCCAUUGUAACCCAGUAUAUCUCCGGAGGUUCCCUCUUUGGUUUACUUCACGAACAAAAAAGGUUGCUGGACAUCCAGUCGAAGCUGACGGUCAUCACGGAUGUAGCUAAAGGCAUGGACUACCUGCAUCACCUACCUCAGCCAAUCAUACACCGCGACCUCAACAGCCACAACAUUCUACUCGAUGAGAACGCACAUGCAGUUGUCGCAGACUUUGGAGAAUCCAGAUUUCUGAGAUCUGAAGAGGAUAAUAUGACGAAACAGCCAGGGAACCUGCGUUGGAUGGCUCCCGAGAUAUUUACUCAGUGUACGAAGUACAGUAUAAAGGCUGAUGUAUUCAGCUACUCACUGGUGUUGUGGGAGCUACUUUCUGGUGAGCUGCCUUUUGCUCACCUCAAACCAGCUGCUGCAGCUGCAGAGAUGGCCUAUCACAACACGCGACCUCCGAUCGCCAUCACAUUUCCAAAACCCAUCGUGGCCAUGUUACAGAAGUGCUGGCACACCAAUGCAGAGGAGAGGCCAGAUUUCCGUGAGAUCCUGCCCACCCUGGAGGAGUGUAAGCAGUCACAGACGGUCGCCAUGCUCAGUAACGUGGACUCCGGGUCGACGGUAUCCUACCCCAGCAUCCUGCCCAUGGUCACCGACCAGGAUUCAGACACAGAGGGAAGGUCCACUCCACCCUUGGCUGGUCACGUGUCGGCCCUGAGGAACCACUGGGAACAGGAAGCAUCACGGAACAGUCUGGCAUCUGGUGAUGACAUGAGACGAAGACUUCCAUUUCCACAUCUUGACAAAAAUGGUUACGUAUCUGAUCCUUUGAGCACACUGCGGAUUCCUAUCACACUGCCGACAGGAAUACCAUCCAGCCUGUCAGAGAGUCCACCCAACAUGAACUCCUGACACUAGUAGCUUCACUGUCCUGUUCUGAGUUCGAACUUAACAAUUUGUUUUCUAAGGCAAUUUUCGAAGGUUUUUGCCAGAGUCAAAAUGUUCAGCUAUGGCAAUUUUAAGCCCACCUACCACAAUUUUAUACCAGUAAUUUUUGCAACAAAUAAACAACACCUCCCACACAAAAAAAAAUCGCUUCAACUUAAAGCAAUAAUUUUUAUCAAGUAGCAAAAAACUGAUAUCAGUAAAGUCCCUGACCUAUUACAAUUCAUAUGUCAAUUGUUAAUUGCCAUCAGUACUGCCAUUAAGUUUGAGCCAUCAGUACUGCCAUUAAGUUCGAGCCCUCUAAUUAAAACUGCACUCAAAUCAAAAACGUCACAAACUAUGCAAUAUUUAUUGAUCUGCUGAAUAGAGAGGGUGUCAUCAUCGCCCUUUUUAGUCCUUUAAAAUUUAUUAUUAAAUGUAUGUAAAUGUAUAUAAUAUUAUAUAUAUUUUUAUUAGUUCAUGUGUAAAAUCUCAGUUAUUUUUUUAUACAAUUGAAAAGAUCUGAUAUAUGUAUAUAUGUAAAAAGUGCUUUAACAAGAAAACAAAACUAAACUAAAUUUAAGUCUUACCCGUUAGUAAUGAUAUUGUGGGUAUAAAUAUAUUUUGUGUGUUGAUUCUAGUCAACUGACAUUAGGGCAUUACAUACCUCGACAGAUUGGGAGAGUGAUUAAUUGCUCCACUAACUGAGAUAAAGGGAGAAAUUAAUAGAGAUUAUUAUACGAGCUUGUGUAAACUCGUGUCAGGAUUCAUGUAUUAUCCUUGCUAUCGCUCAGGCAAUACAAAAAUCCUAACACCAGUUUCGUAAAAUCAGUA